GUGUGUUAUGUGUGCCAUGGUCUGAGCCGAGCCGUGUUGACAAUAGAAGCAGCAGCGGCCCCGGAUCAUAAACGAGCCGAGGAAAAACAGCCAAAAUCCAGGGGUUCGGGGGAAGGCCAGCCGCCACUGCAACCUCUCACGGGAAUGUAAACGCGUCAGCCGAGUCGUUUUAUAAAGCCGUGUUUUGUUAUUGAUGGAAGUUUGAGGAUUGUUGGGGGGGAAAAAGGCGACUCGUGUUUUUUUGGCUGUUUUCAGGCCAAAGAUUUUCCUGCUGGGAAACGCUGUUCGCACCGAGCUGGAGGUGUUAGCCUCACACUUUUAGCCCCCGCCGCUAGAUUCCCCCCCUUUUUUGUAUCCAAACAUAGGAUUAAAGUCCUCGCCUUCUUCGUCUCCGUCGCGAACCGCAGAGGAUCAAGCAGGGCUAUGUCCUCGGCAGCCACCACAUCUCCAUCUGUGGACAAAGUGGACGGAUUUUCACGGAAGUCUGUCAGGAAGGUCAAGCCCAAGCGGUCGCAGAGCUCGUCCCAGUUCCGCUCUCAGGGCAAACCCAUAGAGCUCACGCCCUUGCCACUGCUCAAGGACGUGCCGGCGCUGGAGCAGCCGGAGCUGUUCCUGAAGAAGCUGCAGCAGUGCUGUACUGUCUUUGACUUCAUGGACACGCUGUCGGACCUCAAGAUGAAGGAGUACAAGCGCUCCACGCUCAACGAGCUGGUGGACUACGUGACCGUCAGCCGGGGAUACCUGACGGAACAGGCCUACCCCGAGGUCGUCAAAAUGGUUUCUCACAACAUAUUCCGGACCCUUCCGCCCAGCGACAGUAACGAGUUUGACCCUGAGGAGGACGAGCCCACACUCGAGGCCUCCUGGCCACACUUACAGUUGGUAUACGAGUUCUUCAUCCGGUUUUUGGAGAGUCAGGAAUUCCAGCCCAGCAUUGCCAAAAAGUACAUAGACCAGAAGUUUGUCCUACAGCUCUUGGAGUUGUUCGACAGCGAGGAUCCUCGGGAGAGAGACUACCUGAAGACAGUCUUGCAUAGAAUCUAUGGAAAAUUCCUGGGGCUGAGGGCUUUUAUACGAAAACAGAUCAAUAAUAUUUUUCUACGUUUUGUUUAUGAGACGGAGCACUUCAAUGGGGUGGCUGAGUUGCUGGAGAUCCUGGGGAGUAUAAUCAAUGGUUUCGCUCUGCCACUGAAAGCAGAGCAUAAACAGUUUCUGGUCAAAGUGUUGAUCCCGCUCCACACUGUCAGGAGUCUGUCCCUCUUCCACGCACAGUUGGCGUAUUGCAUUGUACAGUUCCUAGAGAAAGACCCAACAUUAACAGAACCAGUCAUCAGAGGAUUACUGAAGUUCUGGCCAAAAACCUGCAGUCAAAAAGAGGUGAUGUUUCUCGGAGAGCUGGAGGAAAUCCUCGACGUCAUCGAGCCCACACAGUUCGUCAAGAUCCAGGAGCCGCUCUUCAAACAGAUAUCUAGAUGUGUCUCCAGCCCACAUUUCCAGGUGGCAGAGCGAGCGCUCUACUACUGGAACAACGAGUACAUCAUGAGUCUGAUCGAGGAGAACUCCAGCGUCAUCCUGCCCAUCAUGUUCGCCAGCCUCUACAGGAUCUCCAAAGAGCACUGGAACCCGGCGAUCGUGGCGCUGGUGUAUAACGUCCUGAAGGCCUUCAUGGAGAUGAACAGUACUUUAUUUGACGAGCUCACGGCCACGUACAAGUCAGACCGUCAGCGUGAGAAGAAGAAGGAGAAGGAGCGCGAGGAGCUGUGGAAGAAGCUGGAGGACUUGGAGCUGAAGCGAGGCCUUAGGAGUGACGGGAUCAUCCCGACUUAACGAAGACAGCGCCGUGCUCCCCCCUCCUCCUCACUUUCACCUCCCCGCUCCUCCUCCUCCUCCUCCUCCACCUCCACAUCAGCCAUGUCUGCCCAGAGUCGGAAAACUCCAGAUGAAAGGUCGUCUCUGGACGGACGCGGAGGCCGCUGGUUUCUUAACGUGUUUUUUUUUUUUUUAUGUUUGUUUGUUGUUGUUUUUUUUUCUCUCCUGUGUUUAUGCGACUUACUUUACAGUAGAUUCAUCACCAUCUGUUUUCAUUCUUUCAACAGCACUGUAAAUAAUUAUUAUUUUUUCUUUUCUUUUUUUUUUUCUUUUUUCCCUUAAACUGAUAUUAUUGCAAACAGAAAAAAACAAAACAGUCAUCAUAAGAAUAAUAAUAAGAAUAAUAAGAAUAAUAAUAAAAGAAAAAAGGAGGAAAAAAAUAGAAAAUGAGAAAAUGACUUGUGUGGGAGGGGGGGGUUUAAACGACAAGAAGACAAAAAAAGAAAGAAGACGUUUGGACAUGAAACAAACUGUUGGAAACAAACAAAAACAAAAAAAGAAGAAAAGACAAAAAAGAUGAUGAUUUUUAAAAACCUUCAUCCUCUUCUUCCUCUUCGUCACCACAGUCUCUCCUUCCUGACUUUGAGUUUCCUGGUUUUCCUCUUUGUUUUUCCUCCCAGGCCCGAUAUCUGCCUCCUCCUCCUCGUGCACUCCCUCCUCCUGGUCCACUUCCUUCUCGUGCACUCCCUCCUCCUCGUCCACUCUGUCCUCAUCCACUCCCUCCUCCUCUUCCACUUCCUCCUCUCCAGCUCUGACUUCCUGUUUCAAACGGGUUCAUAUAAAGCAGUAAAAACAGGGACAUUUUAAAAGUGCGUUUACAUGCGAGUUCGCACUCGUUUUCACCUUUUGUUUUGUUUUUAUUCGCCCGUUAAAUAUAACGUCGUUAUUUCUGUUUAUUUCCGCGUUAUUAAAAUGUUUUGUCAAAUAUUUUAAUGUUGGUGACGAGAACAGGAAGUGAUGUGAAAUAAGCUAACAUGUUUACAGACUUCAGCUUCAGCAGAGCAUGAUGGGAGUUGGAGUUCAGCUUUACAGAACGUUAUUGUCCCAAAUUAACGAUAGUUUAUUUGGUUGUUUUGAGUCUGGUUAGCGUUGUUUUGGUGGGCGUGUCCACUGCCUGGUGCGUGCAGCCGCGUCAGUUUUCUCACUUGUACAAACAAAGCGAUUUUUCACGUUUUGUGUUAAGUCACAUGUGGCUAACGCUAAGCUAACUCCACUCAUCGAAAAAAGGAGAAAAAAAAGGGCUACCAUCAGUUUGAAAACUGCCAAUUACUGAGUGACCGGGACUUUGUUCGCGACUUUGAACGUUCGUCUGUCUCGUUUUUCAAAACGUCGUAGGCUAGCGAUGCUAACGAUGCUCGACUCGCAUCUUUAUGAUGUCACUGCGCUAAAAAUAAAUGUUCACGGUAAACACUGGAGGAACUUGACGCCGUCACAUCCUGUUUUGCCAUUAAUAGCGCGACUUCACUUCCUGUUUUUUUGUUGGUUUUUUUUACAUUUUGUGUAAUUUUUGUUUCGAGUCGGAGUUGAUUGCACUUCUACAAAAGGAAUAAAAACAACAAAAAAACGCAGUGAACUGUUGACAUGUAAACGCACUCCUUCCUCCUCUUCCUCUCCAUCUUCAACACGUGGUUAAUUUUCCUGCCCUUCAUCCAUUUUUCUCUCCUUGUUUAUCAAACAACCGUUACCUGGUGUCAGUCUGGUACUGGUACCACCUCCUCUUCCUCCCCCUACUCCUUUUCUUCCUCUUCUUUCCCCCCUCCUCCCUCUCGUCCAUCUCGUCCUCUUCUUCCUCCUGCUGCUCCUCCUCCUCAUCUUAUGGACAUUCUAAAAAAAAAAGAAAAUCAUCCUGAAUCUUCAGAGGAGCCAAACACAAACCAACUUCUUUCUCGCCUCAGCCCUCCUCACCAGCGGGGGGCGCCCUGCUGCCACCACCAUCACUGCUGUGCUAACAUCUAACGUGACGACAGAGAGAGAGAGAGAGAGAGUGUACAUUGUUAUUCACUGAUUUCCUUGUAUCUUGUAGAAAUGUAGCUUUUUCUUUUUUUUUUUCUUUUUGUUUGUUUUUUUCGUAGGAAAGUUUCAGAGGAGUAUUCAGUAUAUAAAGAGGUAUUAUUACGGAAGAAGACUUCCUGGUAUUUAUGAUAGCGCCCCCUCUCUUUUAGUCCGUUGAUGUCUCUGACU